AGAAGAGAUCAAAAGAGUAUGUGGAAGCUGAAGAUAGCAGACGGUGGAAAUGACCCUUUCAUAUACAGCACAAAUAACUUUGUGGGAAGGCAGAUUUGGGAGUUCGAUCCCGACGCCGGAACGCCGGAGGAGCGAGCGGCGGUCGAAGAGGCUCGCCGCAACUUCUUCAAUAACCACCGGCAGGUGAAGCCCUGCAGAGACCUCCUCUGGCGGAUGCAGUUCUUGAGAGAAAAAGAAUUCAAACAAAGAAUUCCUCCUGUUAAGAUUGAAGAUGGUGAGAUUAUCACAUAUGAAAAGACCACAGCCGCAAUGACAAGGGCCGUACACUAUAUUUCAGCAUUGCAAGCUAGUGAUGGGCAUUGGCCUGCUGAAAACACUGGCCCGUUGUUCUUCCUUCCUCCAUUGGUCAUGACUCUAUACAUUACAGGACACCUUAAUACCAUAUUCACUUCAGAGCAUCGUAAGGAAAUUCUUCGCUACAUAUACAAUCAUCAGAACGAAGAUGGCGGGUGGGGAUUGCAUGUGGAAGGCCAUAGCAUCAUGUUUUGUACAGUUCUGAGCUACAUUUGUAUGCGUAUACUUGGAGAAGGACCUGAUGGUGGUCAAGACAAUUCCUGCGCAAAAGCAACAAAAUGGAUUCUUGAUCAUGGUGGUGUAACAUAUUUACCCUCUUGGGGAAAGAUUUGGCUUUCGAUACUGGGCAUCUUCGAUUGGACUGGAUGCAACCCAAUGCCUCCCGAGUUUUGGAUUCUUCCUUCAUUUCUUCCUAUGCAUCCAGCCAAAAUGUGGUGCUACUCUAGAAUGGUUUAUAUGCCAAUGUCAUAUUUAUAUGGGAAGAGAUUUGUUGCUCCAAUCACACCUCUUAUUUUAGAAUUGAGGGAGGAACUUCAUACUCAACCUUACAAUGACAUAAACUGGAAGAAAGUGCGUCACCUAUGUGCAAAGGAAGACAUAUAUUAUCCCCAUCCUUGGGUACAAGAUCUGCUUUGGGAUGGUUUAUACAAUUGUACUGAACCUCUUCUCACUCGUUGGCCCUUAAACAAAUUGAUUAGAGAAAGGGCUCUUCAAAUAACAAUGGAUCAUAUCCAUUAUGAAGACGAAAAUAGUCGAUACAUUACUAUUGGAUGUAUAGAAAAGGUUUUAUGUAUGCUUUCAUGUUGGGUUGAAGAUCCAAAUGGGGACUAUUUUAAAAAGCACCUUGCAAGGAUUCCUGAUUACAUGUGGGUUGCUGAAGAUGGCAUGAAGAUGCAGAGUUUCGGAAGUCAGGUGUGGGAUACUAGUUUCGUAAUUCAAGUUUUGCUUACUAGUAAUCUUACAGAUGAAAUUGGACCGACUCUUGCAAAAGCUUCUGACUUCAUAAAGAAAUCUCAGAUCAAAGAAAAUCCUUCUGGUGACUUUCAAAGAAUGUACCGCCACAUUUCUAAAGGAGGAUGGACUUUUUCUGAUCAAGAUCAUGGAUGGUCAGUUUCUGAUUGCACAGCAGAAAGUUUAAAGUGUUGCUUAUUGCUCUCGUCGAUUCCACCGGAGAUUGUUGGUGAAAAAGUUCAACCUGAACGGCUUUACGAUGCUGUAAAUGUUAUACUUUCUUUACAAAAUAAGAAUGGUGGUCUAGCAGUAUGGGAGCCAGUAAGAGCACAAAAGUGGUUGGAAGUACUUAAUCCUAUUGAGUUCUGUGAGGAUAUUGUUAUUGAACAUGAAUACGUAGAGUGCACCUCAUCAGCAAUCCAAGCUCUGGUUUUGUUUAAGAAGUUAUUCCCAGGUCACAAGAAAAAGGAAAUUGAAAAUUUUAUAACAAAAGCUGUUCAGUACCUUGAAAGCGUACAAUUGCCUAAUGGAUCAUGGUAUGGAAGUUGGGGAGUUUGCUUCAUAUACGGUACAUGCUUUGGAUUAGGAGGAUUAGCAGCUGCUGGCAAGACUUACAAUGAUAGUUCAUGUAUACGAAAAGCCGUUCAAUUUUUACUCCAAACACAAAGUGAUGAUGGGGGCUGGGGUGAAAGCUUCCUUUCAUGUUCCAAAAAGGAAUAUAUACCUCUGGAAGGAAAUGGAUCAAAUCCAGUACACACUGCAUGGGCGAUGAUUGGUCUAAUAUACGGAGAGCAAGCAGAAAGAGACCCAACUCCUCUUCACCGUGGGGCAAAGUUGAUCAUUAAUUCUCAAAUGGAUAAUGGUGACUUUCUGCAAAAGGAAAUAACGGGAGUUUUCAUGAAGACCCUUUUGCUACAUUAUCCGACACACAGAAACAUCUACCCACUUUGGGCCCUGGCAGAAUAUCGUAGGCGGGUUCCACUAUCUUGCAAAGCCUAAGUCA